AAUCUAUUUCCUAAUUAGGACGUAUGGUCGUGGAUUUUCUCGUCAUCUGCUUGGCUCUGUGCUCAAUUCCUCCAAGAGGACGCCCAAAUUCCCGCUAAAGAAAUUAGAGGUUUUACCGAAAGGAAACCCAAUUUGAAUUCCUCGUUGUUUCGGACUUGAGAGAUUUUGUCUGUGUUGUUUGGUUUUUUUUCGUUGUUUCGGAUGGCUGCGAGUGCGAACGCGGCGCCGGGAAGCGGCAACGAAAACAGUAGCAACGGCCAGGAGGCGGCGGGCAACGCGAAUGGCGCCUCCGUGAAUGGCUUGUCUGUACCGGAGAACUCGGUGUUAGGGCCUACCCAGGCCGCGCUCCGCCAUAACCCGGGCAUAUCUGUCGAAUGGACUCCCGAGGAACAGUCUCUUCUGGAAGAAUUGCUCGCAACAUAUGUUAAGGAAAGUAAUGUAGUCCGCUAUGCGAAAAUUGCAAUGCAGUUAAACGAUAAGACUGUUCGGGAUGUAGCUCUAAGAUGUAGAUGGAUGACAAAAAAGGAAAACAGCAAGCGGAGAAAAGAGGAUCAUAAUUCGUCGAGGAAAAGUAAAGAAAAAAAGGAAAAAGUUACUGAGUCUGUGCCAAAACCCACACAAGUUCCAAAUCAAACAAGUGUCCCUGUCUAUGCUCAUUCAGCAGCACCAUUGGACAAUGAUGAUGGAAUCUCCUACAAAGAUAUCGGUGGCCCCACUGGACAGCUCCUCGAACAUAUUUCCCAUUCCUUGGACCAGAUUUCUACGAAUUUUGCUUCAUUCAAGAUACACGAGAACAUCAGUCUUUUCUGCCAGACUCGAAAUAAUAUCCUCUCAAUCUUAAAUGACCUGAAAGAUAUGCCGGAAACGAUGAAGCAGAUGCCGCCACUCCCCGUGAAGUUAAACGAAGAGCUCGCAAAUUCCAUCCUUCCUCAACCGCUACUGCCAAACACGAUGUUGGGUCCAAAAGAUUUCUUGGUGUCUGUAAAUAAUGUGUACGGAAAUUAUCCAUUAUUUUCUGUCCAGACAGAAAAAAUGAAGAAAACCCACAAAUUCUCCAUCUCCAUCUUCCUCCUCCAACAAUUUGCUUUCCAUUUCUUGUUGAAUGCAAAUUCCCAACCCACUACAGAUUCUUGCAACUCCAAUAAUCUCCUCCCCAAGAACCAACUCCCCUUUGAUCCCUCUUCUUUCACCUGUCUCACUGUCUGGAACUCCCACCGCUUCAUCCUCCGAUACAAGCGAACGGAUUCGAGCGUGUGGAGCUUCGUGCUGUCUGCGCCGAACGCAAAUGCGUACAUCGGGAUGGGAUUUUCGCCGGACGGGAAGAUGGUGGGGUCCAGUGCGGUGGUGGGGUGGGUGGGCGACGGCGGGGCUCCGACGAUGAAGAGGUAUUAUCUCGGCGGGCAGUCCCCUUCGCUAGUGCAGCCUGAUCAGGGUACGCUUCUGCUGGUUAACCGGAGCUCCUCCGUCGUCGCCGAUGAUUCGAGAAUCUACAUGGCUUUCCGGCUGAUCGCCGAUCGUCCGUCUGACCGGGUGAUCUAUUCGAUCGGACCCGCCGGGCAGCUGCCGUCCUCCGCCACUUUCCGCCUUGCCCAACACCAGGACCAGAUCUCCACUUUCUUGGAUUACACGACAGGUCAAAGUCAAACAAAGACGCUGUACAGGAGGCUAAGGAGGAGCCACGGAGUGCUAAACCUGUUUGGUUGGGGAAUCGUGGUGCCGUUUGGGAUAAUGGCUGCUCGCUAUUUCAAGGAAUGGGAACCGGUUUGUUAACACCCACAAAGGCAUUGGCAUCUUCAUCCUCGUCCUUGGUUGCUUGCAGGUGAUUGCGUUUUUGGCACGGCCUAAAAAGGAAGCCAAAGUGAGAAAAUAUUGGAAUUGGUAUCAUCACAACGUUGGAAGGAUUUUGGUCAUAUUUGCCAUUGCAAACAUAUUUUAUGGAAUCCACAUAGCUGAUGGGGGAGUUGCUUGGAAUGCUGGUUUUGGUGUUGCCAUUGCCAUUUUAUUCAUUGCCACAUUCAUCCUUGAGAUUAGGCAUUGGAUGAUUACAUAAGACUAGUAAAAAAUCUUUGUAUUU